AACGCGAUAUUAGGCGAUGAAAUGGGACUGGGGAAGACAAUUCAAGUGAUCGCUUUUCUGGCAUAUCUGAAAGAGAAUAACGUCAUUGGACCGCAUCUGAUUGUGGUACCGUCGUCAACCAUCGAAAAUUGGAUGGCAGAAUUGAUGCGGUGGAUACCGUCGAUCAAGAUUCUCACUUACUAUGGAAGUAUGGACGAUCGACGGCAUUUGAGGGCGAUGGCCACUGAUAAAUCGAUCGAUGUGCUAUUAACUACGUACAACAUGAUUGGUUCAAGAGCACAAGAUCGAAAAUUUUUCAAACGUUUCAAAAUCAAUUACGUUAUCUACGAUGAGGGUCAUUUGUUGAAGAGUUGUCAUACAGAACGUUACAAAAAUCUCAUGAAAGUUAGGAAAAUUCCAGCAAUGGAAGCGAAAAGUGGAUCUCUCUAUGAGGCGGAUAAAAUCGAGCAAGCAAAGGCAAUCUUGCAGCCGUAUAUCUUGAGGAGAUUGAAGAUAAAUGUAUAUAUUUGCAUUCAUUCAAUUGUUGGCUAUUCAUUUGGCUCGCUGAAAUUGAAUUGA